GUCACAUCCGUUCAGGAAGUUAAACUGCCAGCGGAGGAGACUCGUGUGUUUGAUUUGGACCUCCAAGGUGAGCGCGCGCUGUGUUUUUUAGGAACACUCGGAGGAGUUCAACAUGUGGAAGGUUGUCCAGGUGGGGGUCCGCCGGGCGGUUGGUGUUCCGGCCCGCCGUGUCCCCGCUGCGGCUCGUGCGGGGUCAGUGCCUGGCUCAGAGGCCGCGGCAGCUCGGAGUCUGACCCGGCAGCUGUGCAGCAGAGCCGGGAGGAGCUGCACCGUGGACCCGGGUCUGGAGGAACAGUUCGUGUUUGUGGACUGUACAGAUCCUGAGGAGCAGCAGCAUCAGGAGGACGGAGAUACCGUCCAUCAGCUGAGCGUCUCGGCGUCGUCUCCUCCUCCUCUGGCUCCUCCUCCUCAGACUCACCUGAGGUCUCUGGAGCGCCAGCUGCAGGUUUUGGGGGGCGUGGCCCAGCAGGGGGCGGAGCCUGACUCUUUCAUCCAGUUCCACGACGUGGACUUCCCUCUGGACCAGAACCUCCUGGCCUCGACCAAGAAGAAGAAGAAGAAGACAGCAGGUAAAGGCGAGCAUAAAGUCUUCGGUACGCCAGACGUGGACGAGCCUCUGAGUGACUCCAGCUGCUCGGGUUGUGGCGCCCUGCUGCACUGCGCGGCCGCCGCGGUACCCGGGUACCUGCCCAGCGAGAAGUUCAAGUCCCUGCGGCAGGAAGGGCGUCUGGGCGGCGCCACGUGCCAGCGCUGCCACCUGCUCACGCACCACCACAAGGCCCUGGGCCUCCAGAUCACUGCCGACCAAUACCGAGCCGUGGUGCAGAGGCUCCGCCCCCUCAAAGCCCUGGUGCUGCUGAUCGUGGACCUGCUGGACCUCCCUGACUCCAUCAUCCCGGGUCUUCCCGACUUAAUCGGCACCAACAAACACGUCGUCGUCCUCGGCAACAAGGUCGACCUCCUGCCGGCCGACGCGCCCGACUACCGGCAGCGAAUCAGGCGCCAGCUGACCCGGUACUGCCAGGAGGCCGGCCUCGGCCGCCAGGUGACGGACCUGCACCUGAUCAGCGCCAAGACGGGCUUCGGCGUGGAGGGCCUGAUCUCCAGCCUGCAGCGGUCCUGGCGUUACCAAGGAGACGUGUACCUGGUGGGCACCGCCAACGCCGGCAAGUCCACGCUCUUCAACACGCUGCUGGACUCCGACUACUGCAAGUCCAAAGCCUCAGACCUGAUCCACAAGGCCACCAUAUCGCCCUGGCCCGGGACCACUCUGGACCUGCUGAAGUUCCCCAUCAUCAACCCGACUCCGUACAGGAUGUUCAGACGACAGGAGCGCCUCAACGAGGCAGACAGACAGACAGAGGACGAGAUGUCCCAGGAAGAGCUGCAGAGACUCAGGGUCUUCAGCCGGAAGGGAUACCUCGUGGGCCGAGUGGGCAGAACCUUCCGGUCUCAGGUCCGGUCCAGACCUGAUGAGAUUGAGUUUGAUUUCGACAGUUUGGCUUUUGGAGAAAACGAAGACGAAGAGACGACGAAGACGACAGCAGCUCCCAGCCGGUCAGCUGAUGAGUUCACCUUCAACGAGCUGAAAGACGCCCACUGGCUGUACGACACACCGGGAAUCAUCAAGGAGCACGAUAUCCUGGGUCUGUUGACUGAACAGGAAGUGAUGUCAGUGGUCCCGUCCCAGGCGCUGGUCCCCAGGACGUUUGUGUUGAAGCCGGGGAUGAGUCUGUUCCUGGGAGCGCUCGCCAGGAUCGACUUCCUGCAGGGGGGGAAGGCGUGCUGGUUCUCGGUGGUGGCGUCCGGACGAGUCCCGGUCCACAUCACCGGUCUGGAGAAAGCUGACGGAGUUUAUGAGAAGCACGCAGGACACACACUGCUGGGGGUACCUCUGGGGGGCUCUGAGAGGAUGAAGGAGUUUCCAGCGUUGGUUCCUCAGGAGUUCAGACUGGAGGGGGGGGGCUACCUGCAUGCUGCUGCCGACAUCAAGCUGUCCUCUGCAGGCUGGGUGGCAGUAACAGCAGCAGAGGGGGACCAGGUCUUGUUGAGGGUCUAUGGUCCCGUGGGGGUGUCCUACAGCCUGAGGACCCCCCCUCCUCCCCACAUUGUGUCUCUGAAAGGAGAACUCAGGAGGUCUCCGGCCUACCGCACGUCUGCAGCUAAAGACACAGCGGAGACACCGUGGACACUGGACACAAAGCUGCGUUCAAUGUUGUUGUAA